CGAUAACGUGAUUAGAGUGAGCAACCUUAUAUCCUAAAGGCGACACAUGUUAUCCCAUUCUAAGAUAACAAAAAGUUGCUAGCUGCAAUGAUUACACUUCCUUGCUCAAGAGAUAAAACUAGGCAAUACGACAGUGACUCAAGACAAAACACAUAACGAAUUUCUACAAGCAAAGCAAUUGAUUUUGGUGCGAUUAGUCAUUAUCAUACGAAGAAGAAGAAAACGUGUGGCGAUGAAAUUGUUGACGUUUCCUGUCAUGGACUAAUUUUUCAGUUUCGCAAUAUUCGUUCGCCAUGGUGAUCCCAAAUUUUUUGCUUAAUACGAAAAUUCACGCAAGGUCUGACGUCGGAAUAGGCACCCUAUAUUUCAUCUUUCAGAUUGCUGCCUUGGCCUCGAGCCCGCACGAUGUUUACGAACAAAUUGGAAUUGGUUUUUGGGGUGGAAUAAUCCUGAUCUUAACAGCAUUAGCUGCGUAUAAAUCUUCAACAGGUGAAGCACCAUUUCUUUUAGGGUGCAGUUUCGUGCUGUCCAUCUUUGCCUUCUUUGUCAGCUUUUCCAUCAUGUGCAUCUUCGCUGCUUCAAUUGAUGAAAUGAAACGUUACAGUGGUAAUCCAUGCACGGGUAACUUUACUAUACCAGCUAAUACUCCGCAACAGAACUGCACUAUAGGCGCGACAUAUCCUAUUCCUCCUUGCUCUUACUACAGUAGCGCUCACUUGGGUUUUGACUCGAUCCUUCUGAUUUGUGGAAUUAUUGGCAUUCCAGUGAAUAUUCUCUUGGUGAUGGGUGUUAUUACAGUUUACAAUCCUGCACCGGCAGCCCCUGCCACAUAAAAACACUGAACGUGCAAAUUUCGAUUCAGUGGUGGUCAUUAUU